GACGCCGUCGAUGCGAGACGACGUGGUGCGGUUCAUGGGAAGAACGGAGCCUCGAAGACCGAUCGGAAGAGGGAAUGAACUUGAAGGCGAUGGGAGAUGGAUCGAAAUCACGAUGAUGGGCGUCGGCGACGCUCAAGCAGUUGAAGGUUUUGGGUCUUAGAUCUGUGGUGCCAGCAGCAGAUUAGGCAGGCACAUUGAACAAGCCACGAAUUUGUGCCACGAAUUUGUACCGCGAAGAAUGGCACAGCGCGCGAGUCUUGCUUUGCGGCUGCUCACUUUGGAGGACGAAGCGAGCGCGCUGGUCGUGUUUCAGUACAAUCGAGCGGAGUGAGCGUCCAUCGAGCAGCAGAGCAAUGAAGCAAGGCCCGGAGAAGUCGAGCACAGUAGGUAGAAGAGCGACGACCAGUCUUGGAAAUUCGAAUUUCUGACGUUCUGGUUCUUGGGGUUUGGAAGGGUUUUUGGGGCUCGACCAUCUGCAUCGAGUCAGUGGCGGGGCUGGCGCUGAUUUCCUUUCACUUUUGCGAGGACCAGACGGAAUUCGGUGCAAAAUGCUUCAGGGGAUUUCAUCGUUUGUCGGGUGUUCUAGGGUUCGUGGGCAUCAAUUGGCAUGGCGCUAUACGUGCCAGAUCCAGGCAUUGUACUCCAGAGGCUUUUCGACGGCGACAACUGAGGGAGGAAGAGAUGCAGGAAGAAGAACUGGUGAUCUGGGGACCUUGGUGGAAGGAAUCGAGACGGGCCAAUCGGUUGAUCAGAGUUUCACUGCCACACACUGUACAGCUGACGGGAGAAAGUUUGAAUUUGCAACAGUGGUGGUGAAGGCAAUGACCAAACGGCGUUCGCCUUUAAAUGUAUGGCAGCAUGCUUGUUCAUUGAUCGGGUCUAGCUCUCCCCCAACUUUUGCUGUUGCGUUCGUUUCUAAACCCUCUGAAUCGGCCGAACAAGCCCUUCGAGAUUUUGCUCAGCAGUUGGCAUUUUGUAAUAAGCCAUUAGCUCCUCCUAGGCAAGAUUCCGAGACGAGAAGUAGCACAUUGGAGGCCGCCGUGGUCGAAACUGCUAAAACCAGCUUCUCUCAUGAUACUGCUAAACAGUCAAUUUCUACCCAAUCUGAAUUCAGAUCAUCUGCGGGUGCGGGUGUUACAGGAAAAGAGUUUGAUGGACAACACACAGAGAUCCCUCCUUUUGUUGCCUGCAUUAUGGAUGAUAUGGGUGACUUCGAAUCGAGGGAAACAGGCCAAAGUAGUGCUUCAUCUUCUCAGACUCAGAAGGAUUGUAGUCCAAGGGCAUCGCAUGUUGGGACAAGGCGUGACCGUGCAUUUGGAUCAGAUCGAACCCCUUUUGACGACGACGAAGACGAAGCUUCACUUUCUGAUUGGGAGGGAGUGUGUACUGAGUAUUUAGAUGAAGCCGCAAAAGUGAGUUCGAAACCGACUGGGAGAGAAAGUGACGAUCAAGAGGAAGACGAGCAGCCAGCCGAGAGCAUUAACGUGAGUUACGAGGAAGAAGUUUCGAAGGAAGGAUUAGUCAGCUUCCUAAAUGCAUUGACCAAACCUCCAGAAAGUUUGUCUGAAGAGAGUGGAGUCAAAGAAGAUGGCCUCCAUCCGGAAAGUAGUGAGACCAAGGCAAUCAUGCAGAACAGGAAAGUGGAUGAUGGCACUCACGGUUUAAUAGUUUCAGAUAUAGGCCAUAAAAUGGCGCACAAAGGUAACUGUGGAGACGAAGGUGUGAUAAUCCGAGAGUUUGUUCCCUCGCAUGGUGGAUUAGGGAGAGAUGAUCCGGGGUCCUCUCCUGUACAAAUUUGGACUGGUGCUAUUGAACCCAAUGCGGGACCGGAAUCGAAUGUGGAGAAGUGGGAUGAUGAUUACAGGCUGAUUCUGUGUGUUGGGCACAUGCCGGGAGCGAAAGCGUUAGCAUUUCAUUCCUCAACUACAGGCCUUCCACGUCUUCCUGACCUAGAAGAAGCCGUCACUACUAACAACCCACAUAUGCUUUUGUUAGGCGCACCAGGAUUCGUAUUUCCAGACUUUAUUCAAAGGCUGUCUUCAGUUUUCCCUCUGAGUUGCAGAGCAGGUGCCUUUCUUGCGCCAUUGUUCACUAACGAGAAAAGCCAAUGGACGAAAGUUGCUGAGAAGACUUCCAGCCCCUUGUUUUUCGGAUCCAACGUUGUUACAACCGGAGUUGUUGGCUUGGCAAUUUCAGCAAAAGAAAGAGGAGUAGAUGUUCCUGCUGAUGCCUUUGCAGAAUUUGUUCGAAUGUCAAUAGCAAUGCCGCGAAUACCUGGCUUUGUCUUUCUCGAUGAAGCUAUCAGCACUAAAUUGUUCCUCCCCAAGAAUGUCGCCGUUCAACAUCUUUUCUCGUCACCGGGAAGCAGCGUGCCUGGAGCGAGCUCAUUGGUUCUGGACCAACUAAAUAGAAAACUUAUGAAAGAAAAUGUAGGUCGAGCUUUUCGGGAAAGUGCUACCGAAUCAGAGAUGGCGACCUCUUCUCAUAAAAAAACUGUAGAACUGGGUGGCUUGUCAGUUGAUCCAAAGGAUUGUUCAGCAGUCCGGUCAAGUUGUAGAAAAGAUGCAGGGACCUUGGAGAGACUGCCGCUUGCGUUGUUUGAUUCGGUGCUCUUCCCCGGAUGGUCCAUGCCGUUUCACAUAUUUGAACCUUGCUACAGAUCUAUGGUAAGGCUUUGUGUGGAGAAAGGUAAGCCCUUCGGACUAUCGGCCAUGUACAAUGGGUCAUGGACUACUGACGCGGAUGAAUCGGGGGAGAUCAUCGGCACUGUUGCGAAUUUGAAGGUGCACUCAUUUCAAAGAGACUGUAGAUCUUACAUAAUUGCUCAUGGUCUUCGCCGCUUCCGAGUGCCGAACGAAAGGAUCUGUGCCGAACCAGGCUCCUUCGGCUUGACGACAGGACAGGUACAAUAUUUUGAUGACAAGGAAUGCGAGACCAAGGAGGAGAGAGAAGAUCUUGCGGAACUAGCCAAGCGUGCUGUAGCUCUAUGUCUUGAAGUUAUCCCAGAGGGUCUUUCAGUACCAGCUUUGGUGAAGUCUACCUACGACCCUAUCGUUGCAUCUUUUGCAGUUGGGCAUAUCAUGAAUGUUCCUACAAGAGUCAAAAGACGAUGGUUGAAGAUGGUGAACACCAAGACUAGACUUACGGAGCAGAUAGCAUUUUUGGAGACGAAGGCAAGCAGCUUAUCGAAUAAGUAGAUUAGACAUCGUCGUGGCUUUUUGGCCAGUGCAAUUUUUACCAAGUGUCAGAAUCAUAAAUGAAACUUGUGAGAUAAAGAGAGUUUUCCGUACCCAUUAGUCAGUAGAUCAUCAAUGUUAGAUACUCGAGCAUCAAACUCCUGUUCAUAUUCAUUGAAGCGGUCCUGAGCCAUCAAGAACUUCCAGGACUUGUGGUACCUAGAGCAAGUUAGUGAAGGACCCACCCUCCGGAAGAGACUUGAUGACAAUCAUGCUCGCAGCCCGUUCCACUGUUUCUAGAAGGAGACGUUAAGAGUACGCAAACCUGCGGAUAGUCAGAUAAAUAUCAUGAGAGGUCUCAUAAGAGCUCUGCAGAUUUUUGAGACCUAAGAACUGUAUCUAAGAUAUCACCGACUCUGGAUUAUAUACGACUCUGGACUCCAUUGCAAAACAUAUGUCCCAUUAGUUGGACUCGUCUCUGGAUAAAUAUGUGGUAGGCCAAGGCUAUCUCCA